AUGUUGAUGGACCUCUUUUACGAUACCCUGCCGAGCGCCGUCCGGUCAAAAACGAGGAUACACUACCACAACUUCAUGCAGGACGUACACAGGCGGUUGCACCGCAUGAAGAUGGAGCACGGGAACGACAUAGAUGCUGUGCCCUUCGUUGCUGCGGAUAUUGCAGAGCACGGAAAUGUUCUGUGCUUCGACGAGUUCCAGGUCACCGACGUGGCAGACGCCAUGAUUUUGCGGAGGCUUUUGGAGGCGCUCAUGUCACAUGGUGUGGUUCUUGUCACGACUUCCAACAGGCAUCCUGAUGAGCUGUAUAAAAACGGCAUCCAGCGCGAAUCCUUUGUUCCCGCAAUUCACCUCCUCAAGAGCCGAUUACAUGUUAUCAACCUCGACUCGCCAACAGACUACCGAAAGAUACCCCGACCUCCGUCCGGAGUCUAUCACACACCGCUUGACGCUCACGCUGCAGACCACGCGGAAAAGUGGUUCCGCUUCCUAGGCGACCCCGAAGCUACCGAGCCGCACUCCGAAGUCCAGCACGUUUGGGGCCGCGAGAUCUUCGUGCCCCGUGUCAGCGGUCGCUGCGCGUGGUUCACAUUUGACGAGUUGAUCAAAGAGCCGAAAUCAGCCGCCGACUUCAUCGAGCUGACGCGUUCCUAUGACGCUUUCAUCGUCACGGACGUUCCGGGGAUGACCAUCAGGGAGCGAGAUCUGGCUCGCCGACUUAUCACAUUCAUCGAUGCGGUGUAUGAGUCACAUGCGAAACUCGUCCUCACCACGGAAAAGCCCCUGACGGAGCUGUUCACCUCCAAGGACGAGAUCGCCGAGUCCCUCCUGAAGGGGUCCGACCAUGACGGCAGCGGCGGCCACGAGGUAAGCCAGGUGAUGAAGGACAUAAUGGAGGACCCGGAUAAGCAGGCGGACAAGCUCAAGGGAUCCGCGCUGUUUGCCAACGAUGAGGAGGCGUUUGCCUUCUUCCGCGCGCUGUCCCGGCUGACUGAGAUGGGAAGCGUGGAAUGGGUGGAGCGGGGCAUGGGUCUCGAGAGCAGAGGCGGGAAAUCUGAACGGGAUGGCUUUAUGAAGGCCCGUUCGAGGCAGAUGGAGGACAGCAUGUAG